UAUCACACAAAUCAUAUCUAUUAUAUGCAUCUAUUUUUUUUUUUUUACAAACGAAUGCUACUACAAUUGCCAUUGAUUUCGUAAAAUGUUCAUCUGCUUUGAGAAACGAGUUGUCCAGAUUGACGUUUAUGUUAUUUUGAGUCAUUUCCUCACAGACUGCAGCUGCUUGCUCUCGUCUAGUCAAGGCACACACAGACAUUCAUAAACGCAGGAAACUAUCAGCACUAAUUCACUUACGUAACGGCAAUAAUGUAAUAACCAAAAUGUUGUUGAAGUUAGUUCUAUACAAGUGAAAUGACCACAGAUAAACAUUUAAGAUGUUGAUAUUUACAGGUAUAUAUUCUGUGUUCUUCAUCUUAGAAUUUUGUCUGCAAGUCUGGAUGCUCUAUUUAUUAUUUAGACAAAAAAAUCACAAUGCAACUGUGACAGAAAGAAUUAGCGGCAACUAAAAACUUGCUUAAACUUUUAAAUGUCUCAAAAUACAAUAAAACACUAUUUAAAAAAAAAAAAAGUGAUGUAAUUUUCAAUAAUAUGCAAAAUCUCAAAAUCGUUUAGAUUUAUAUUCGGACAUGGACAAGCUUGACAUGUGAUACCUUAAAUAUAUUUGCUCAUUUCAUUUUAAUAGCUUCAAAUAUGUAAUGGACAAUAUUUUAGAAAAGAUAUAUUAAAGGGAGUCUUUGUCUCGGGCAGACAUGGUGGUUAAACUAUUAAAUAUACUAGUAAAGUAAAAAUUAAAGAUGUCCGUUGUCUUUUAUUAUUGUACUGAUUUGCACUUUUAGACAGAAUGUAAGAAUUCAACAAAUACCUAUAAAAAAAUAAAAAUCAAACCCCAGUAGGCUACUUAAAAACAAAUAUCUAAUUCUGUUAUAAGUUGAGCACACACAAAUCACACGACACUUAUAUAAAUGUAUUUUACACGGACGCCCGCCCUCUUCAGCUGCGCGCGCAGCCCCAGAUUUCAGCCGGAGGCACAUGCAGAUAAAUUUUCUAUCCAUAAAAAUGUGAAAAUACAGCCUAUGCGUAUAUUAAAUCUAGUCAUGAAAAUGAGUGUACUUGAAUGCGUUUCGCACAAAACGUUUUUAUUUCGCAAACUGUGGUCUUUACAAUACAGCUCGGUGAAGUCGACGACGUAAGUUAGUGAGUUGGCAAUUUAUUGCUAUCGAAACACGACGGCCCUGAAAUGUGAAAAACUACGAAUAAAUGAUGAUAUCUGGUCAGCAGUGGGGGUUGCCAUUGAAAAGUUUCAUUAGCUACUGAGUAAAGCGACGUUUUUGUCGAGUUCAACACCACCGAGGGCGUGCAGGUAUCACGCUUAGCCUUCCUUUGUUACUUCUAGCAUGUACUAUAUUCGAGUCAGCGCUUCAAGUGUGCGUGCGCUUCCCAAUAAUCCUCAAGCGACUUGUUCUUAAAAUAAACCUUUUAUCGGCGGGGAAAAAAAUCGCAUUUAAACCCUUUACUGUAAGGCAAGUGGUUUAAUAUGGUUUGUUGGUGGCGCGGUUUCUAAUUUUGGCCCAUGUUUGAUCUCCCUUGCCGUCCUCUUUUUUUUUUUAAACUGAAAAACCACAGUUCGCCAACUGGGCUAAUAUUUCGGAUAGAAUAAAAUCCUGCACCGAACCAAACGUUCAGUCCGAUCCUGGAUCCCUCAUAUAUUCCUCACAGUAUUGUUGCCGCUCUAGUAUCGCGCUCCCUGCGAUAGCGCCCAGGAGACCCCGUGCUGCUACAGCUGUAUAACAGAAACACUGCUAUUCCCUUUUACGCGGAUAAAAGAAAAAAAUAAUUCCUUAUAUGAAAGACCAUUGAGCUCCGCGGCGUGUGUAUUUAGUAACACGACAGUUUCCCACAAAUCCUCCGUCCCUUCUUUGGAGAGUAUCCAUUUUAACUAGCUGUUAGUCUUCCAGACUUACACACUCCCGCAGCCUCUCAACGCCAUCUCACGCUGCAAAAUGCUGACUGGAGAAGCGAGCCGCCUACAAAAAAAUAAGGCUCUGCCUCUUUUCUGUCUACGACAACGGUCGGCCACGCGACGAUCCAACGGCAUAUUCGCGUUCCCGUUUGUUACGGCGAUUGACACGUUCCUACCCUAUGGCGUGGCAGAGGGCGCGGGCUGGAGCUGGAAGUCCGUCCUCGUAACGAACCCCUGCUCCGCCGUGGAGGAAACCCCGUGUUCUGGUUGUGUGUAGGCUACGCUGGGAGCCGCGGUCGAUGCCGGUGUAGAGAGGGGGAUGGGCAAUACUGCAAAUGUAAAGGACAUGAGAUUGAAUCACAGUCUUGAAUCACCAAGUGCUGUACAUACCCAUAUAAAUAUCGACUAUAAUUUUGUAAAAUAACAUUGUAUGUUGAUGUAUUCUUCAGCAGCUCAACGUGAGCAUUUGAAGACCGCACAGUGUCUUAAAUGGGAGAAAAUGUGAAACUUUCAACUCUUGCGUAAGGGACACUGAGAAGUUUGGAAGAUAGCCUGAGAGCCUCGCGGUUUACAGUUCACAGGAAACACCGAGGUUGCAAGAGAAGGCCUGCUGUUCUGCCUCACAUCGAUGUUGGAUUUUUUAAGAACACUAAAUCCCUACAAUAGGCGUUUGAGUUUCAAUUACGCCGGAAGGACGCUGUAGCCUUAUUACACUUUUAUAAUGGCAGAGGCAGAGUUGUGCUUAUCGUCACACUUCAUCGUUGACCGCUAGUUUCCUUCAUACACCAUUCCUAUCAAGACUCCUGAUGUGCGUGAUGUGGUAUAGCAGCGCCCCAUCUGAGGAGUGCUUCACUGCUGCCAUUAGGAGCCCUUGAUUCUCCUCUUCCCCCCCCUCUCCCUCCCCUCACCCCCUCCCCCCCCAUCCCCUUCCCUGCGUUGCUGCGCUUGACGUCAUGAGCAUAGUAAUCACACUGGGAGUCACCACACCUGAGACACCUUACACCGAUAUGGCCGCUGGAUCAGAUCCUGAGUCAGUUGAAGCGAGCCCAGCAGUAAAUGAGAAGAAUUACUCGAGUCGCAGCUGUGGGAACACACAAAGUCAUGGAUACGGGGGACUUCCCUAUGCUAUGCAACAGUCUUCCGUUGUGUGUUGUCAGGAUCAUAACUAUGGAGCUCCACCCCCUCCCACCCCUCCUGCCUCCCCACUCUCCCAGACCGUUUUCUCCCAUUCGGAACACAUUGGCACUCUGGGACGAUCGCGAACCUGUUUUCCCACCAAUGAACCAGACAACUCUGCUGACAGUGAGAGCUCAUCUGAGGAGGAGGAGGUGGUGGAAGGAGCAAUUCCACCUUCUUGGUGUCAAUGCCGUCUAGUGCAAGAUGGCUUCCUCAUUAAGUGUGAGAGUUGCAGGGGCCUGGAGAAGAAGAAAGGGCUGGAUGGGCAGCGCAGAAAAGCAGAGAAUGUUUCCGUGGGCGAGAGCAGCGCUACAGAGAGUGGAGAUGAGGACAUGUCAGCUUCCGCUGUGUCGUACACGGCAACUCAACACACACCCACUAGCAUCACUCUCACUGUCAAAAGAGUCAAACACAACAAAGUCAAGAAGAGAAAGAAGAGCACAGAGAAGACACGCACUACUCCUAAAGCCAAGAAGGUUAAGGCGUACAGAGAGGGUUCCAGAAAAUCCAUGCGAAUGAAGAAUUCUGCGUCUGAGGCUAGUGUUCUGGAUGAGAAUACAACAGAAGGAUGGGAGACUCGAAUUCGGCAGUGGACAGACCAGUAUGAGGAAGCUCUGUCUAACCAGUAUAGUGCUGACGUGCAGAACCUCCUCAAACACUACUGUGCCAAUGGCAACUCGUCCCCCACCCCAUCUACUGUCGCCAUGGACACCAUUAACAGAACAGAACUAGCUUGCAACAACACUGUGUUGGGCUCGCAAAUGCAGUUACAGCUGGGCCGUGUAACACGUGUGCAGAAACACAGGAAGACUCUCAGAGCUGCACGGAAUUUGGACCCCGAAACACUCAUCAUUGAGUAUAGAGGCAAAGUCAUGCUCAGACAACAGUUUGAAGUCAAUGGACAUUUUUUCAAAAAGCCAUAUCCUUUUGUCCUGUUCUAUUCUAAGUUUAAUGAAGUAGAGAUGUGUGUGGAUGCCCGAACAUUUGGCAAUGAUGCACGGUUUAUCAGAAGAUCAUGCACACCCAAUGCUGAGGUGCGGCACAUGAUAGCCGAGGGGAUGAUUCACCUGUGUAUCUAUGCUGUUGCUCAAAUUUCAAAAGAUUCAGAAGUCACAAUCGGCUUUGACUACGAGUUUAGCUGCUGUAAUUAUAAAGUGGAUUGUGCGUGUCAUAAGGGCAAUCAGGACUGUCCUGUGCAGAGACACAAUCUCCGCCCCCUUCAACUGCUGUCCCCCCAGUCUUCAAACUUUGCCCUGCCUGGAGCAGAAACACGGAGGAGACGGGCCCGCCGCAGAGAAUUGGAAGGGGACCGGCUCAUAACUGGUGCAUCUGAUGAGAGCAACCACCUUCUGGAAGAUGCAAAUGAGACACAGGGAGUUAGCGAUACAGAGGAUGCUCUUAUGGACAGGGUGAAGUUGGAGAAUGGAGAAGAGGAGUUAGAUGAGAAUGGAGCACUAAUACCAAACAAACGUUCUCGUGAAGAACGGAAGGCAGAGGCCAUGAUGCACAUGUUUGAGAACCUUGAUAGAAGAAAGAAACGUGGUCAAGGCACGGCGCAGGCUACACCUGAAGAAACCAAACUGGAAACGGCCGAGGCAGAAGUCCCCUCACUUACAGCAGGAAACUGUGUUCCAAAUACAGUAGCAGGUGGAGGGAUCAGUACAAGGCGCACGUCCUUCGCUGUCGUGGAAACAACAGACAUUGACUCCGAAAAGCCCCCUGCUACACCCAGUCCUGCCCCUAAAGCGCAACCUGCCCGUAGUUCCAAACCACGUCCUAAGAGCCGCAUCUCCAGGUACCGCUCCAGUUCAGCCCAGCGUGCUCGAAGACAGCGGCAGGCUCUUUCUCAGCAAGCGGCAGAGGGAGUUUUGGUGAGCGGUGAAGAAGGCAGCGCAGGGGCAGGCCUCAGGGAGCAGGGCCAGGGAGAGGGAGCUCCAAACUGUGGGAGUCUCCAGGAUGGGGAACUCUGUGGAACUGCCUCUUCAGGGAUGGGUAGUAAGACUAAUGUCAGAUACCCAAAAACCAAAAAGUACCUGGUGACUGAAUGGUUAAAUGACAAGGUUCCAGAGCGGGUGGAGGAGUCUGUGGAACGCCCUUUACGCAUCACCACUGACCCUACAGUCCUGGCCACUACCCUCAACAUGCUGCCAGGACUAUCUCAUUCACCUCUCAUCUGUACUACCCCCAAACACUAUGUUCGUUUUGGUUCACCUUUUAACCCAGAAAGACGCCGGCGACCCUAUAUGAUUGACCCUGCAUAUGGUUCUUGCAAGAAGAGGUGGAUGAAACAAGCAAUGGAUGAGAGCAUGUUAUCUGGCCUAUUGGAAGAUGGAACAGAGUCCAAUUCUUCUCACAAAAGUAACACCAGCAGCACAAGCAGCUCUCAACCAUUCAAACCUGAGCUGACAGGACCAUUUAAGAAGAGGAAAUUGAAGUGCUCAUCAGAAACGGCAGCUCCACCUUCUGAACUCUUGUUACGACCAUUGUCCCCCAUCACCCCUCCUCUGCCCUCUGAACUUCCCAUGACUCCUCUUCAUUCGCUCAUGACUCCCUGCUCACUUUAUUUAGGUGGGGAAGUGGAGAAGUUGAAUGCUACCAUGCUUUCUUACUCUCCUCUCACAUCCCGACCUGCCAGCCGCUGCAAUACACCUUUACAGUUUGAGAACAUCUCUUCUCCUGAGGCCUCUCCUGUCCAUAGAUCAGAAUCUCUGACUCCAGAACCCUGUUUGCGACCAGAUUUCACUUCACGGGUCACUUCCUUCCCUGACUUUUCCACAAGCCGGGGAAGCCCUGCUCCUGUGUCAGAUGACUUCUCACUUGCUGCUCCAGACUCUCUGAAUGGAUCUGGUGGAGGGACUCCCCGCAGCUCAGCUGUUGUGUCCAGUCUAUGUGACUCUUCCUUGGUUUCACACGCCAGCGAGGCACAGGCCUUUAGGACAGAAUUUAACCUCAUUUACACCUGCUCUCCCCUCAAUGCAAAUCUACCCACUGCUCCUAUGAGUGACAGACACUUUCCACAAUCCGAGGGAGGCUUGUCCACAGCUGACUCCGACUUAAGCACAAUGUGCAGCCAGGGGCUGCUGAUGGAAGCGGGGUCUAGCUCUGGCUCUCUCUCAAUGUAUCUGGACACACAGUUUGGAGGUGGAUAUUCAGAGCGCAGCACAUCCCCCCAUCCUAGCAAUCCACCACAGAAGAAGAAGAGGGUCAUGGUGAGUGCUGGUAGUCAGCUGGCUGGCUUGUCUGGGUACCAGGCAUUAGCUGUAAGAGGCCAGUUCAAGCCAGGGCAGAACAUGGUCUCUCUGCUGGAGUACAGAGAAAGAAAGAAAGGUCCACGAGACCCAGCGCCCCACGUCACAAACCUCAUCUCAAUUUGCCCUCGCACAGAGUCUCCAGGACAGCCGCGCAUGCAUUUUCAGCCUUCAAUCUCUCCGCACAAUUCGUUCUCUCCAGAACACCAAGCUUUCCCACAGAUAGAGGAGGUCAGUCCUCCUGGCAUCAGGUCUGGAAACCACACACAGACCACAGUUCUUAGUGGACCAGAGUCCAACCACUGGAUGGUCCCUACAUCAGUUGAGCGGUUGAGGGAAGGACAAGGUGCUCUGGAGCGUGUUCUGAGGGGUAACUUAAACAUAGAACGUGCCCUUAAAAGAGGAGAUGCUGGAUUUAAUGACCAAAUCAGCAGUUGUGACAAGAGCUCUGAUGCUGUUGAGAUGGACAGGUUUGAUCUUCAAAGCUCAUCUCUGGCCUCCCCCUUAAAAAGUCCUUCGAUUCACCCCCAUCAGCAGAUGCUGCCUCUCCAGCCUGAAUCCCAUCAGCAUUUGGAAAGCCCAGCCUAUGACCAGCAGAGGUCCUCUUCUCCAUUCUGUCCAUCUGUAAGCCCCUCCCCUCCCCUCUGCAGCUCUGGCGGGCCAGGAUACUAUUCUUCAAAGCUGCCCACACAUAGCCCGCUCACCCAAGAAAGCCCGUCCUCUUCUACAGUAUCUAUCUCCUCAGUGGACUCAACAAUGUGUGCGCCUCAUCCUCACAGCAGCAGUGGAGGUGCAAUGGACACCUCAAGCCUUAAAGCUAAACUCUUGGACAGCUCCCUGGCUGCUGCUCUCUCUCUACCCACCAGAGGCCACCUUAAAAUGGACAGCACUGCAGUACCACACUCACAAGGUGCUCAUGGCUCCAGAUUGGCUCAGUCAUCUAGAGUGCACAGCCAGAGAACAGACAGACCCAGUCAGGCUAACUCGAGACAUCUCACAGCUUCUGGAGCACAGCACUAUCCACAACGAAAUUUACAGGGUUCAGGGGUAUGGACGCAGUCGGGGACCUUUUAGGACCCACAGUGUGCGUGUAUGUAUGUGUGUGUGAGUGUGUGUGUGUGCGUGUAUCAGAUAGAGAAGUGUGUGACAUCCUCCUCACUUUUACCUGUGGAGAAGCUAUGCGUUGUUUGAGGGAUUUGAUGUGUCAUGUUCUGUAUGGAUGGUCUAUUUUUGUCUUUACUUUCCCCAGUUCCUUUUAUCUUUUUCCAAAAACUGAAUUUCUGCAGUUACGUGUAACUUAGUGUGGACUUCAUAACAAUCAAAUCAAUGGAACAUUAAAGUAACUAGUUUGGAGUAUAUAACCAGAUUUAAAUGUAUUUUGAAAAUUCACCCAAAUGCUACAAUGAUGUGUUCACACUGAAGUGCAAGUAUUUAAGAGUAAGAGGAAAAUGACUGAGUUGAGCACCAGUGGUGAAACAAAACCGUUUCUCUAAAAGUAGGGUUCUCGUGUUUAAGACUUUUCCAAGAGUAAAAGUGAAUGUGCUGAUCUUCAUGAGUUUUCAACUUUCAUGAGCGUAUGAAAUGGCACUCUUACUUUUAAGAUGCUUUGCACGCUUGACUCUCAGUUUUCUCAGUAGUCGUCAUCAGAACAGUCAUGUAGUGUGUUCCCGGAUGGCACGCUUGGAAAGCAAAGUGUUUUUUGAAUGCACAUGAAAGCAAUUCUUAGUGAACAGCGAGUUAUUUCCUCACUCUGAAUCAUUCCAGUGUCUAGCUGUCGUUAGGGUCCGACGGGCCUCUAGCCUCUGUUAGUGUCAUAAAAUCACUAUUCACUUGAUAUAUAAUACUUGACGAGCAGAUCUUAUGGUGCUUCAGUUGGUCCAGUUGAAUUGUUUAUUUUGUUUCCCAGUGUAAUCCCGGUUUGCCUCUUACGGUAAAAACAUGCAAUUGUCAGUUCAAACUUUUUUUUAUUUUUUAUUUUGGUUUCCAAUGAUUGUUAAAGACCCUCUCUGUGACUCGCAAGGCGCAGGACUUUGCUGAAAAGAAUUUGCAGAAAUGUUUUUGUUUAUACUCCGUUAAAAAUGUGUACCCUCCUGAGCCCUUUAAUCCCAAGUGUAUACUUCAUUUCUCUCACUUCUUCAUUUGAUUUUCUCUCUCUGACCAGUCCUUGCAUUCCAACCACCAUUUUAGAAAGGAAGAGAGGAACGAAAUGCUAUGGCCAAAUUGGUUUGAUCAGUAAAUAAGACAAAGCAAAGUGUGCUGCUGCUGUGGUCUCUUAAAUGUAAGUGUUACUCCCCUUUUUUUAAUUAAAAGAAGCUGCUCACAGGACAGCCUUUUUAACAGAACAGGCAUAGUGCUGUACCUCCCUUGGAUAAUACCUUUUUUUAAAACGGUAAGGUUGCCAAGUCAUGUGCCAUGAUGACCACAGUAGUGGGAUAUUAAAACCCCGCUUUAGAGAAAAUCUAUGCCCCUGUUGCAUUUAGAGAAUUAAAGUUGUCUGCCUGGUGGAUUAUUCUUGUGUGGUCCAACAAUAGAAAAGAUGAAGUCUGUUUUUGUUUUGGCCUAGUGUGAAAAGAUCUUGAAAUGAUGACGGGUUCAUGUGGUCAGCCUUAGCUCACUGGUUUAUAUGAAUGUCUCUUGAAAAGGAAAAAAAAAAAAAAAAAGACUAUGUGAUCUGAAAUUUUACCAGCACCUUAACUACAUGAUCAUGUGUACUUAGGUGAAGUGUCAUUCUGUUCUCAGAGAAAUAUAGUACACCAAAAUUUGCUGCAUGA